AUGUCCAGCCAAGACGUCACAGACAUGUCGAAACCCUACAUUCCUCUUGCCGGGAGCGCCGAUGAUGGCUGGUCCACAGAGACAGAAGCCACAGCCACCUGUUUCUGUGGCGCCGUACAGCUGAAAUUCCCCACCGAGAAGCCCGGGUUUGUUGAUUCUUUCGUCUGCAAUUGCACCGACUGCCGCAAGAUCACCGCCUCAAUGUUCGCAUCGAACUUCAUCGUCGCCAGCGAUCAUGUCACGCACCUCCGUGGCAAGGACAAUCUGACAUCCUUCGCCCAGUCCAAGACUAUCGCCACGGGGCACACCAUGGCCAAUCAUUUCUGUUCCACCUGUGGCACGCUCAUGUAUCGCAUCAGUUCCGGCUUUCCAGACAAGCUUGUCAUGCGUAUCGGCACAGUCGACGACUUUCAUUUGCACGAGACAAAGUUAAAGCCUCGAGUGGAGCAGUAUGUUAAGAAUCGGGUUAGCUGGCUGAAGGGCGCGGAGGGUGUUGAGCAGGUUGAGGGAGCUUGUUUCCGCUGA